UAAAGCCUCAUUUUGACAUCACUAGCUAAAACCACGGAGGCCGCAAGUGAGCAGCUGCGGAUUGGGACGUAGAAGUUAAUUUGCGUCACAGAAAGUGUAAUGUUUCACAAUUUGAACCCAGCUUUUGCCGCUGUGGUCCGCCAUGGCUGCCCCUGCUUGACCAAUCCGCUUCGACCCGCAAUGAAUCAUGGGGAAUGAUGGACCGCAAAGGACACUCACGACCCAUCCUUAUCGGGCAAAAGAAGGACACAUUUGUCGGCCGCAUUUGAAGGAGUCUCGGAAUGAUUCAUGAAUUGGGACAGCCUUCGUCGCCGCGCUGUUACGUAAUCGGCCAACAAAUACGUCCUUCGAAGGAUGCAGCCCCUGAAUUGGGACACACCCACAUGUAUCUAACUUGUGGCGUGUGAUGCGAGGGGAUUGUAAGUGAAAGUGGGCGGAGAGAUCGUUGCUGAGCAGAAACCCACAAACAUCAAGGACAGGAACCAGUGUCAUCAAACCUAGCAGCUCUCCUGCCGACGGACGGAAGGUCGUUGUGUCGAUCUGCCUGGAUGGACUUCGUUUUGGGCGGCGUGGCGGCCUGCGCAGCGUGCCUCUUCACCAACCCGCUGGAGGUCGUCAAGACGCGGAUGCAACUUCAAGGGGAGCUGAAGAGCCGCGGCACCUACCAGGUUUACUAUCGCAACGUUUUCCACGCUUUCUACACUAUCGGUAAAGUGGACGGACUAGCAGGCUUGCAGAAAGGGCUAGUCCCCGGGCUGUUUUAUCAGUUUUUCAUGAAUGGAGUCCGGCUCGGCUCCUACGCCAUCAUUGAGUCGGCAGAUUACAUCCACACUAACGGAAGGGUCAGCGCGGUGAAAACCACUAUUGCGGGAGCUGCUGCUGGGGUGGUGGGCGCCGUCAUGGGCAGCCCUGUGUAUCUGGUGAAGACUCAUCUGCAAAGUCAGUCUACCUCUUCCAUCGCAGUGGGACAUCAGUAUAAACACCAGGGGAUGAUCCAUGCUUUGAGAAUUAUCUACAGGCAGCAUGGCAUUCUGGGACUGUGGAGGGGCUCCAGUGCUGCUGUACCAAGGGUCAGCGUGGGGUCUGCAACCCAGCUUUCCACCUUCUCCUCCUCCAAGGAGCUAAUUAUUGAUCUUCAGGUUUUCCCACAGGACAGCUGGUUGGUGGCUCUAAGUGCCGGCAUGAUGAGCAGCGUGGUAGUGGUGCUGGCUAUGACGCCUUUCGAUGUGGUCAGCACACGGCUCUACAAUCAGCCUGUCAAUCAUUUGGGAAAAGGGCAGCUUUAUAACGGCUUCACUGACUGCUUCUCCAAGACUCUGAAAAAGGAGGGUUUGACAGGACUCUACAAAGGCUUGGGAGCCUCUUAUUUCCGACUCGGCCCGCACACCAUUCUGUCUCUGUUCUUCUGGGACGAACUGCGCAAAUUGCACCAGAAGCUCAGAUAACAUUAGGGACUAACACAAAAUAUGGGUGACUCGUUAAGUUCUGGGUGCAGAGGUUAGAAAUGAUUCUCAUUCUAAGAUUUUGAAGAAAUACUAGGAGAUUCCUUGUUUUAAUAUUUUUACAGGGACAGACCAAAGGUUACUUUUUACACCGACCUUAAACUUGAAUUGUGCGGGCAAUGAAGUCAGAGAUUUCGAAACUUCAUUCAGAAGCUCAAGCAUUUAUGGAACCAUUUCUCUUACUGAUAUAUACACAGAUAAAAAAAAAAAACAUACAGUCAGUCAGUCAUGUGGUGUAAAUACAUGAACCAUUAUGACUAAUUUCAUCAUUCCGAAGCAUAUAAAAUGUGCACUUUAUACAUUAUGGAGAAAGUACCACCAGAGCUGCUCACUGCUGCCAAAUAACUUUGACACAAUCCAAUCAGACUUGUUUGUGUGUCAGUGAACCAAAGAUCCAGUCACACCCUGAGUCUGGCUCUGGCUGACUCAGUGUAAUGUUGAGACUGAUGGGGGGGCUGAUCAUCAAUUCAUCGGAUUGUCACAUCAAUCCAAAUCCCGCUUGAUAAACCAGAAUUUAUUAAAAUUUUUAAAAUGUGAAGAAAUGAACAUUUCUAACAAAAUUCAGGAUGAAGUUCAUUUAAGAUGGAAUUGUUAAUUUAAGUAGUCAAAUAAAAAACAAACUCGCAUAGAAACAGUUUUGAAGAGGCUGAACUCCAUUGGUUGCUACAUUGGUAGCAGGAAAAAAAUAUCUAAAUAGUUAUUUGAAGAGUCCGCAGCUGGAGAAGUAAAACUGACCCAGUGCUGAUCCAGUAAAAUUUUUAAAACAGGAACUGAAACUAAAGAAAAUUCAUAAACUCUUAAUUUUUUUUCCAUCCUCAGGGUGUUUUGUUUUAUACCUGAAUGGCUACCUCUUCUAUAUCCAGGGAAAAUUAUUAUGAAAUCAAACUGGAAGCAGGUAUGAUACGGCUCCUCUUUCCAAUCAGCCCUGCCCAGGCCACUCCUGACAAACAUUUCCCUCUCAAGAGGCCUGCUGUCACAGAAAAUGUUGCCUUUCCUCCAGGCUGAUUUCUUUGGUCUGUUGCCCCCCCAAAACAAACACCAGCCACUGAAAAGGUUUAGAUUGCUAAUUGGAUUUGUACAGUUAAGUUCUAAGACACACACCACGAAUAAGCUAAAUUAAAAGACAUUACGUAGGAAUUAAUUUUAAGUUUAGAAGUUUGCUAACAGCAAGUUAUGGAUUGCAUUAGAAUGCCGCUUGUCAGCGCUAUUGGCUUCUUGUUUAUAGCGCCCCCUGUUGGUCAAUCUCUAGUUAUCUUUGUAAAUGGCCUUUGAUUUACCUCCAUAAAGAGAUGUGCACAAUUUCAAGCUGAGAGGACGUUCCAGUGAGGCGAACAGCCAUGAUGUCGCAGCAAGGACCGAGAGUUGACAUAUUUCAGGUGUUUAGGUUCGUUGAAGAGAUAUAUCCUGAAAUUCCUAACUCAGUGACACAAAUGGCUGUUUUGUUUUUGUUUUUUUUCUCAAAGGUCAGAUUUAGUUUUUCGUUACUAGUCCGGUUAUCUGUUAUCCAUAGGGCUAAUUCAUUAAGAGAUUUUGCACUUUUUGCAACGUGGCAAGAAGAGUUUCUUGGCAGUAAAGGGCAUGGCCGAGCUUACCAGAUGAAGAAUAAUCCAAGGAUUCUGUAAAAUAUGAGAUUUUUGACUGAUGGUUUAGGGAUUACAAAAAACCAACAGUUGAUUUUAGGAUAAAUUCCACCUAUUGGUGAAUUUCUUUCUAUUUGUAGCUGGAUGGUCUCCAGUUUUUUGUGGUUUAUGCUGCUGUAUGACUUUUCUCAGAUAAGAUUACUGUAAUAAUGUUUAAAUGGAGCAGUUAUAAGCGUCCAUGCGUUGCUGGAUGUGUUGAAAAGCUGCAGCGUUGCAGCCACUUAGCUAUGCAGGUUUGGGCAUUCAGAGACAUUUUGCAGCAUUAAAAUGAAUUCUGCUGUCUAGAUUCUGGGCAGGAUGUCACUGUUUUUGCAUCCAGAACAGUUUAUAUUGUUUAAAGUGUUUUGUUGAACUUGCAUUCCAACAAACAUUACAUGUUAGUUAAACAUCGUCCUGAGCACUGUUCGGGGAGAGUUAAUUCAUGCAGUCAUAAAGCGAUAUGGAAAACAGUUAAGUUCUAGUUUAGGGUUCUCAAUGUGCCUAUGGUGAGGAAUAAGCUUUUAUUAUUCAGUUUUUGUUUUGCAUACCUGGAGUUUGAUUUGCAUUUUAGUGCAAUGCCCUUCUUUUCUUGUGGAUAGAAUGUUUUUCUUACAAUAUUCUCAUAAAAGUACCUCAGAAAUGCAUAAGCAUUUACCAGCCAGAAGACUAAUUUUUGUUUCUCUCUAAAACUAGAUUUAAUGUGAUGCAAUAAUGAUUUUCUAUAAUUGUGUGCCUUUUAAAAAUGUAUUCAGGAUAUAAAUUGUGACACUUUUUACUUAA